AAAGUGCUCUGUUUGCGUCCCGAAAUUUGUCAACAGAUCGCCCGAUUACACGUGUGUGGAGGUUAAAUUAUCCGUUUACCCUGAUAUGAUUAUUCCGAUUACUUGAAAGAUUAGUCUCUCGUUCGGUCCCGCAUUCCGUGGCUUGUUUGUGAACCUGUCGAUCCAGUAAACACCGUGGGUGCAGAGCAGAUUCUCGGGACCUGUGUUCACGCUUGUAAUCGUCAUCAUAGAACGUGACCGCCUGACAAGUGGAAAUGGCUGAGCACCCUUACCAAAAGUUCAUUAAGACGGUAGCAGAUGGUGAUAAGACUUACAAAUACUUUGAUCUCCCACAAAUUAAUAGUAAAUAUGAAAAAUUACCAUACUCCAUCCGAGUCUUAGUAGAGUCAGCUGUCCGAAACUGUGACAACUUUCAAGUAACAACCAAAGAUGUUGAAAAUGCCUUUGACUGGGCGGAAAAGCAAAAGGUUGAAGGAGGUGUUGAGUUUGCGUUCAAACCUGCCAGAGUUAUUUUACAAGAUUUCACUGGAGUGCCUGCCGUAGUUGAUUUUGCUGCCAUGCGAGAUGCCGUGAAAAGUCUCAAUGGAGAUCCGGAGAAAAUCAACCCGAUCUGUCCAUCUGAUCUAGUAAUUGAUCAUUCUGUUCAGGUGGAUUUCGUUCGAACCUCUGAUGCAGCUGAAAAAAAUGAACAACUUGAAUUUGAAAGAAACAAAGAACGAUUUACAUUCCUCAAGUGGGGAGCCAAAGCUUUCCAAAAUAUGUUAAUAGUACCACCAGGCUCUGGAAUUGUUCAUCAAAUCAAUUUGGAACAUCUGGCUCGUGUUGUGUUCAUGGAUGGCGAUACCCUCUACCCAGAUUCAGUUGUUGGCACUGACUCCCACACUACCAUGAUCAAUGGUCUUGGUGUCGUAGGCUGGGGUGUUGGAGGAAUUGAAGCUGAGGCUGUCAUGCUAGGACAAGCCAUCUCUAUGCUUCUGCCAGAAGUUGUCGGAUACAAAAUUGUUGGAAAACUGAACCAGUAUGCCACUUCAACUGAUCUUGUUCUAACCAUCACAAAACAUUUGAGGCAGCUUGGAGUUGUUGGCAAAUUUGUUGAAUUCUUCGGCCCAGGUGUCGCAGAGCUUUCAAUUGCUGAUAGAGCAACAAUCAGUAACAUGUGUCCUGAGUAUGGUGCCACAGUAGGAUUCUUCCCCAUCGAUGUAAAUAGCUUGAAUUAUCUCCGUCAAACAAAUCGCGGUGAGAGGAAAGUACAACUGAUUGAAAAGUACCUGAAACUAACAAAUAUGCUGCGCGACUUCAACAAUGCAGACCAAGACCCUGUGUUCACGCAAGUUGUGGAGUUAGACCUUUCCACUGUUGUAUCAUCAGUCAGCGGCCCAAAACGACCUCAUGAUAGAGUGUCCGUCUCUGAUAUGAAGCAGGACUUCUUGAGCUGUCUCACAAAUAAGGUGGGAUUCAAGGGGUACGGGCUGGGAGCGGACAAGUUGGACGUGACGGCGCCGUUCGUCUACGAGGGGAAGGAGUACACCCUCCGUCACGGAUCCGUCGUCAUCGCGGCCAUCACCUCCUGCACCAACACCAGCAACCCCAGCGUCAUGCUCGGAGCCGGUCUCUUGGCCAAGAAAGCGGUGGAGGCUGGUCUCUCGGUGGACCCGUACAUCAAGACGAGUCUGUCGCCCGGUUCGGGGGUCGUGACCUACUACCUCCGCGAGAGUGGGGUCGUGCCCUACCUCACCGCCCUGGGCUUCGACACCGUCGGAUUCGGGUGCAUGACCUGUAUCGGCAACAGUGGACCCCUGCCCGACCCCGUCGUUGCUGCCAUCGAAAAGCAUGAACUUGUCUGCUGCGGCGUCCUCUCGGGGAAUCGUAACUUCGAGGGCCGUAUCCACCCCAACACGAGAGCCAACUAUCUGGCCUCCCCUCUUUUGGUGAUCGCGUACGCCAUUGCUGGCCGUGUCGACAUCGAUUUCAAGACUGAACCUAUCGGUAUUAAUGCUGAUGGCAAAAAAAUAUUUUUAGAAAAUAUCUGGCCUUCAAGAUCAGAAAUCCAAGAAGUGGAAGAAAAAUACGUGAUUCCGUCCAUGUUCCACGAAGUGUACGCCUGCAUCGAGAACGGCUCCAACAGCUGGCAAUCGUUGGUUGCACCUGAGGGUCAGCUCUAUCCUUGGGACACAUCCUCCACCUAUAUCAAGAAGCCUCCGUUCUUUGAUGGAAUGACCAAAGAUCUCCCUUCUCCAAAGCCGAUCGAAAAUGCCCAUGUCCUCUUGCUGCUAGGUGAUUCAGUCACCACAGAUCACAUCAGUCCUGCUGGAAGCAUUGCAAGAAACAGCCCAGCCGCUCGUUACUUGGCUGAAAGAGGCUUGACUCCUCGUGAUUUCAAUUCAUACGGCUCAAGACGAGGUAACGAUGACAUCAUGGCAAGAGGAACCUUUGCAAACAUCCGACUGGUCAACAAGUUGGUCGACAAAACUGGUCCACGAACAAAACACAUCCCCUCUGGACAAGAGUAUGAUAUAUUUGAUGCAGCUCAAAUUUAUGCCAAAGAGAACAACCCCCUCAUCCUCAUUGUUGGAAAGGAGUACGGAUCAGGCUCCUCAAGAGAUUGGGCUGCCAAAGGACCUUUCCUUCUGGGUGUGAAAGCAGUUAUUGCUGAAUCUUUUGAAAGAAUCCAUCGCUCAAACUUAGUUGGAAUGGGAAUCGUACCCCUUCAAUUCUCACCUGGAGAGAAUGCUGAGAGCCUUAAAUUAACCGGCCAUGAGAAAUACACAAUUCCAAUCUCUCCUGACAUUAAGCCUCUUCAAAAGAUUACCGUAACGACCGACAGUGGCAAAUCAUUCACGGUCAUCGUCCGGUUCGACACCGAAGUCGAUUUGCUUUACUUCCAUCACGGAGGUAUCUUGAAUUACAUGGUGCGAAAAAUGUUGAAAUAAGUACCAUUCUUACAAUAAGCCAAUGGAAACGUCACAUCCUUAAGUUUAAGUAUUAUAUUGUUACAUUCUUUUAUGUUCAUUUUAGUAUUUGUAUUUUUAAGCUCUUGUCAUUAUCUUCCAAAUCUAGCAAAAUUUUUGAGCCUAAUAGCUAAUUUUUUCUAGAAUUAAAAGGCAAGGCCUUGCAUAAAAAAUAGGAGAUAAUGCUUGAACAGGACUGUUAAUAAGGGAUAAGCCAGCAACUUCAAAAAACUUAAAGUGAAAUUUAAUUCUAAUUCUUUUUUAAACUCGGAAAGACUAGUCGUAUUUUGUUCGACGAAACAUGUUUUCUGUUUUUUGUUAUUUGCGUCACUUUUCUUUGCAGCCAAUGAGAGUGGAGCUGCCAAAAGUGAGGUAAGAAAUCCGGUUUCAACUGUUUCAACCUCGCCAAAACAAGCUUGGAGGACGUUACGAUUGUUUCGAAACAAUGUUACAAACGCUGCCGAAUUGUGCAAAAUGAAAAAAUAGGCCACGCCCCUUAACAUAAAAAACAUUCGAACAAAAUACGGUUGUUACGAGGUGUUCCGAAUUGUUUCGUCAAACAAAAUACGACUACUUUUUAUAGAAGACUGAUGCUAUACCUUUUGAAUUUAGGCAAUUAGAGAGCUAAUUUUGGUUGCGUUUGAAAGAACAUCUUGUUUUCUGUCAGUUAAAACCAAGUUUACUUUAUUUGCCUUAAAUUUUACAAAAUUAUGAAGGUUUUAAAAAAGAAACAAAAAAAGUUUUACUGCCCCUUGCCAUUUCAAGCAUGAGUUUUCCUUCCUAGAAAAAAGCUCUUCAUCUAUACUAUAAGCUCUGAGACCUCCUAAUACACUAUAUUUUGAAACUUUGUUGACUAUAUGAAAUGGCCAGCAUAAAAUACUACUUGAAUAACCACAUCAAAAAAAUUUAAGUCAUCUCACAGCAUCUGGAUACUUUCGUGAGAAGUUAUGUCAGUCAGAUCUAUUUGAGUGAGUACUCACAGUUUUUGUGUGGUUAGUGCAUUUCAUCCAAAGAUUCUGUAUUUUGGUAUGGAAGAGGGAAAAGAACUUGAAAAGGAAGAACGUUUUGUGAUAUAUUGCCAAAACACAGAAUCUAAUUUUCGUAGAAAUAAUCAAUCACACAAAAACCGCAAAUACUUACCUAUCACUGCUGUUAGAUAUCGCAUGAAAGAUAUCGUUGUGAAGUAUUAUUUUAUUUUGUAGUGAUUUGUUUUCUUGUCUUAUUAUAUGUUGGCUACUCUACAAUGUUAAUGAAAUUUUGGAAAAUAGUGUUUGAAGAGCUUUACUCAGGACGAAAUACUCGUUCUUAAAAUGACAGGGGGUAGUAUAACUUUUUUUCAAACUUUCAAACAUUUUUCGAAGCGAAUUUUUGGGAAAAUAAAGUAAACUUUGUGUUAAUCGAUGAAAAACGAGUUGUCCCUUCAAAGCAACCACAAUCAGCUCCCUAGCUGCCUGAGCUCAAAUGUUACAGCACCAGUCUCAUUUAAUUAGGGACUGCCUUUGCUAUGUGUAUGACUUUGGACAGAAGUACGCUGAAAAGCAUCAACGUUUGUACCCUUUAUCAACCCACGGAGAUCCAGGGAAAAUACAUUAUACCGAUGAGUCAAUUCCUUCUUGCGUAAUGUCAUCCAUCUAAUAGUGCAACAUAUUCUGUUCCUUAUAUAUUUUGAGUUUUAGAAUUGUCUCACUCGCUUUCAUUAAUUUUAGUCCUUUCUUAAUGCUCGGAGUUAUCUUUUUGAUUAAAAGACUGUAAUGUUGUGCCGUACAAAUUUUAUUUUAUUAUAUUAGAUGAAGUUUUUAGCCUAAGUCACACUAUGUAAAAAAUUAAUCUCUCCCCAACACUCCAAUGCAUGAUACAUUUUUUGAUCAAAGUGAAUUAAUAGAUCAUUGUCAUUAAAACUUAGAGUCAUUUUACCUAUAAGUAUUUUAACAUCAUUGAAGUCGUUUGUCUACAGAAACCAAGUUUUGAUCAAAGUUUAAAAUAUUUUAACAUUUAUUAUCGCAUAAUAAGUUUUCUCAUCUUGCCGAACAAAAAUUUUAGCUCAAUCGUUACACUCAAAGUUUAAAACCCCGUUUUUAAAAAUUAACGAUCAAAGCAAGUUUUUGUUGUUUCAUCACUCAGCCAAAAUAAUUUAAAAUUCAAGAAAUGAAAAGCGAUCUUAAAAAUUAGGAGCAAAAUCAAAUUAUCAUAAAAAAAAUUGUGUUGUUUAUAAGUUUUUAAGCCAAAAAGUUGUCCUAUGAGAUUUCACUCAUUUUUCUUACGUCCAGAACAAAGUCCUGACCCUUGACUUUUCAUGUUCAAAAUUUCUUUUGUUUUAUAUAUCUAACAAUUUAUUUUACAGUCAAAUUUUGUUGAAUUUGUUCAAGUGGCAGGAAGUGUCAUGAAUUUUUUAUUUCUCAACUUAAAAAAUCUCCCAUGGCAGGAAAAAGGAAAUAAAAUAUCCCCUGUACUUAGAGAAAAUUAUUGUUGUCCUCUGAUAAGUAGGAUUGGACUUUUGUAGUUGUUUUUGUUCUCUUUAAUUCUUUACAAAGUUUUAAAAUAUGAAUCAUCGUGGUCUAUGCACUUUAUAAAAUUGCUAUUAUCCCUCCUUGUUUAAGCUUUAUGAUUUUUUAUUCUGAUGCCUGUGAAAUAUUGGUUGUUCUUUUGAUGGUCAUAAUUAAUAAUGAAUUUUUACACAAAGUUUUAUUUAUAUGUAUCCCAAAUAAUAUUGAUUAAAGUUUUCAUUUUAUA